AUGCGCGAAGUUACUUCACGGGGCCCGUUUCCAUACGCAGCGGGCUGGGGACGCGCUUGCCAACCUACUCCGGCAGCCUCUCCGCGGCUUCUCUGUUCAAUUCGUAUUUCAAGCCGACUGCACUUGCUCCUCUUCCUGCUCUUCGUUGGACCUUUCAACUGCUUUGCCAGUUACAGCCGUGCCACCGAGCUCUUCUACAGCCUCAACGAGGGGCUGCCUGCUGGGUUGCUCAUUGGCAGCCUGGCCCGUGACCUACAGCUGCCAACGUCUAGUGGGCAGCACCCUGCGGCCUCGCAGCCCCCACUCUCCUUCACUCUGGCCUCCCAUGGCUUGGGGGGACAGUAUGUGCAUCUGGACAACCGCUCUGGGGAGCUGCACACCUCAGCUGUGGAGAUAGACCGGGAAGCUCUGUGCGUGGAGAGCAGCGGGGCCACUAUAUUUGGGGGAGCAGCAGCUAUAUCCUCCUCCUCACCCUCAUCCGAGUCAUGCCUGCUGCUGCUGGAUGUGCUGGUUCUGCCUCAGGAGUACUUCCGCCUGGUGAAGGUAAAAAUUGCUAUUCGGGAUGUCAACGACAAUGCGCCCCACUUCCCUGUGCCCCACAUCCGCCUCUCAGUGCCAGAGAAUGCACCUGUGAACACCCGUCUGGCUAUCGAGCACCCUGCCCUUGACCCUGAUGUGGGCACCAACGGUGUCCAGACUUACCGCCUGCAAGAUAACUAUGGUGUCUUCACCCUGGAUGUGGAGGAAAAUGAGAGUGGGGAGAGGACUCCCUACCUGAUUGUUAUGGGGGCUCUGGACAGGGAGACACAGGAGGAGUAUGUCACAGUCAUCGUUGCUGAGGAUGGAGGCACUCCUCCACUUGUGGGCAGUGCCACCCUCACUAUUGGCAUCAGUGACAUCAAUGACAACUGCCCCCAGUUCAGCGACUUGCAGCUCAACAUCACCCUUUAUGGAAAUUCCACUCUAGGGACACACGUGGCCACUGUCCACGCAGUAGACAUGGACCUUGGAUCCAAUGCACAGAUCACCUACUCCUACAGCCAGAAGGUCCCCCAGCCAUCCAGAGAGUUGUUCCAUCUGGAUGAAAGCACAGGAGUCAUCACGCUCUCCAGAAAAGUUGAUGGGGACACUCCAAGACUCCACAGGCUGAUCGUACUGGGCAACGGUCCAGGUUGUAUCCCUGCUGUAAUCACAGUGCUAGUGACCAUCAUCAAAGUCACGAUGAGACCACCUGAAGUUGUCCCUCGUUUUAUAGCUAAUGAAGCAGAAGGGGUCAUCUACUUAAAGGAACUAGAGCCUGUCAACACACCAAUAGCAUUUUUUACCAUCAAAGACCCUGAUGAAAAAUACAAAGUCAAUUGUUAUUUGGAUGGUGACGGGCCUUUCAGACUUUCACCAUACAAGCCAUACAGCAAUGAAUACCUGCUAGAGACCACAAAACCUUUGGACUAUGAAACACAGCAGCUGUAUGAAAUUUCUGUAGUUGCAUGGAACUCAGAAGGAUUUCAUGUCAGCAAAAUAAUCAAAAUACAGGUUCUGGAUGACAACGACAACUCUCCAGUUUUCUCUCAACAGCUGAUAGAAUUAUCCAUCGAGGAAAACAAUGUCCCCAAUGCUUUCUUGACCAAACUGUAUGCUACAGAUGCUGACAGUGGAGAAAGAGGGCAAGUGUCCUAUUUUUUAGGGCCUGAUGCCCCUUCCUAUUUUUCUUUAGAUAAAACCACAGGAGUUCUUAGGGUUUCCACCCAGCUGGACAGAGAAGAAAAAGAGAAAUACAGAUACACUGUCAAAGCAGUAGAUUCUGGGUUCCCUCCUAGAGAAUCAAUAGCAACUGUCACCAUCACCGUAUUGGAUAAAAAUGAUAAUAGUCCGAGAUUUAUCAAUAAGGAUUUCAGCUUUUUUGUCCCAGAAAACUUUCCAGGUUUUGGUGAAAUUGGAGUUAUAAGUGUCACAGAUGCUGAUGCAGGGCAAAAUGGAUGGGUUGCCCUUUCAGUUCUGAAUGGAAGUGAUAUUUUUGUCAUAGAUACUGGAAAAGGAGUUUUGAGAGCUAAAGUCUCUCUUGACAGGGAGCAGCAAAGCUCCUAUGUUCUGUGGAUCGAAGCAGUUGAUGGUGGUGAUCCUGCCCUGUCCUCUACUGCAAAAAUAACUAUCCUUCUUCUGGACAUAAAUGACAAUCCCCCUUUGGUCUUGUUUCCUCAAUCUAAUAUGUCUUAUUUGUUAGUCCUUCCUUCUACUCUUCCUGGCUCUCCCAUCACUGAGGUCUAUGCUGUCGAUAAGGACACUGGCAUGAAUGCAGUCAUAGCUUACAGCAUCAUAGGAAGAAGAGGCCCUCGACCAGAGUCAUUUAGGAUUGACCCUAAAACUGGUAAUAUCACCUUGGAAGAGUCAUUGAUGCAAAAUGACUAUGGCCUCUAUCGGCUGCUUGUAAAAGUUAGUGAUCAUGGCUAUCCAGAACCACUCCAUUCCACCGUCAUGGUGAACCUUUUCGUCAAUGACACCGUUAGCAAUGAGAGCUACAUUGAAAGUUUGUUAAGAAAGGAGCCUGAUAUCAGUAUAGAAGAAAAGCAGCCACAAAUAUCCAUAGAGCCCACACAUAAAAAAAUAGAGUCAGCAUCCUGCAUGCCUACCUUGGUAGCUCUGUCAAUAAUAAGCUUGAGUUCAAUUGCUUUAGUAACAGGGAUGGGCAUUUACAUCUGUCUAAGGAAAGGGAAAAAGCAUCACAGAGCAGAUGAAAACUUGGAAGUACAAAUCCCAUUAAAUGGAAGAAUUAACCUGCACAUGUUGGAGAAGAAACCAGUGGAGAUAUCUAACAUUUGAUGUUUCUUUGUGGACAAAUCCAAUAUCUGAAAACCUUGGAAAAUGCCUAGUCCUGGGUUGUGUUGACAGGUUGCAAUGAAGGACAGCUAAUUUAUAACUUAAUAAUAUUAUAAUUGUAAAUAGCUGUUUACAGUUUUUUAAAUUCAAAUUCGUGUACAGCUUUUCUAUGAAACCUUAGUACUAACAGCUAUCACCCUGUCUGUAAAAACAUGGACAUCAUUUGCAGCUUUCAAAAACCAGUAAGAUCAGUGAUCAUAAAAAAGGGGAAGGUAAGACAAUUCUUUAAACUCAAGUUUUAAAAGUAUUUUUAACCACGAGAGGGCAUCAGAGAUUCCUGAGCAGGGAGCUGUUCGAGAUAGUGUCCAUGGAAUAAACACAGAGUAUAUUUUAAAUAUAUUGAUUUUAAUAUAAAAUACACAUUGGCAUACAGACAUUUAGGUGCCUAAAAAAAAAA